AUGCCUCUUCCCAAAUUACUCGUCGGCAAGGUAGCCGCCAUCACCGGCGGUCUCACUGGUAUUGGACGGGCAAUCGCCCUAGAGUACCUUCGUCAUGGAGCCAAGGUCUCUAUAAGCCAUCUCGGCGGCCCCAAAGAAGACACUCUGCUCGAAGCGCUGCGCAAAGACAUAAACGAGAUUGAAGCCGGUGCGGACCAAAGGCGAUUCCUUACGGUGCCUGGUGAUAUCUCCCAGCCAGCGACAGGCAAAAACUUUGUUGCUAAGACUGUUGAGGCAUUUGGCCGUCUCGAUGUUUUCGUAAGCAACGCCGGCGUGUGCCAAUUCGCCGAUUUUCUCGAACUUGAACCAUCCCUUCUAAACCAUACCAUCUCAACAAACCUCUCGGGUGCCUUCUUCGCCACGCAAGCCGCGGCCCGCCAAAUGGCGCUGACUCAAUCACCACCCGGCGGGUCUAUCAUCGGUAUUAGCUCCAUUUCCGCCCUGGUCGGCGGCGGUGAGCAGACGCACUAUACGCCUACUAAGGCCGGUGUGUUGAGUCUUAUGCAGUCUUGUGCUGUCGCAUUGGGCAAAUACAAUAUUCGCUGCAAUGCUUUGCUGCCAGGUACUAUUCUGACUCAGUUGAACGAGGAGGAUAUGGCGGAUCCCAAAAAGCGGGCGUACAUGGAGGGCCGGAUUCCGUUGGGCAGACUUGGCCAGCCUCCGGAUCUAGCUGGACCGGCUGUUUUCUUGGCUUGUGAGGAAUUGAGUAGUUAUGUGACUGGCGCUCAGCUUCUGGUUGAUGGUGGACUAUUUGUUAAUCUACAAUAG